AUGGUUGGGCGGACGGCGGGGCUCGUUGGGUCCAGCUCUGGGAUCUGUGUGUUCCAGGGGGGGCACAAGCUUCCCAACAUGGACACUCGGUUGGUUAAUGCAUUGAAAUCACUCUGCUGGAGCGCGCGCAUCAGGUCUAAUGACGGAUACUCACUCAAACACUACGCAUGCGUGUUGGCAAGACGGGCAAGUUUUGCAUGUUCGGUCGUCGGGAUUCAAAACACGCUAGCCUCGAUGCGCAAAAACCAUGCGUUGCUGGUGGGUGAAAUUGGUGAACACGGGGAUGUUAGACAGGAAGAGGAUAUCAUCUCAAGCUCACGUCUCAUCAUGCAUCGAAGUGUCGGUGACGCUACCAGGCGGCAUCUGCGAUUGUGGUGUAAGAAAUCGACAGAGGCACUUGCGAAGAUGCUGCGAUAUUCUGCUGGUGUGGUUGUCGACUUGGUUCGCACGAACAGCUCAGGAGGUUUUUUACAACUGCCCAUUAUAGCCCCGGCAAUUCUAGUGACCGGUGCAGCGUCCCAUGCGUGCCUAAAUGCACAAUGUGUGCGAGAUUACGACCUCGUCGUGAGUUCCCUGAUUGCGAUUCUGGGCGUUGCCUGUGAAAACAGGCUCGCCAUCAAUGUGUGUGUAUUUUUUGACAAGAACGAUUACGCCCCUGAUACUAUCAUACUUGGCAAUGAAAAGCUUGUCCACCGAAUGACCGUCACGCGAGGACCCUUGACCUUUGCCGCAGCGUUGUCUCUGCGAGACAUUUCGAGCGCGGUGGUGUGCGACGUCCAAGUUGCAUACACGUGUAUCGAUAUCUUCGCACGAGCCGACAGCCUGGAAAUGUCUCGAACGAAAGUCGUUGAUACGAUCUAUCGGGAGAAUAAGCAUAGAGCACAGCUCAUAAAUCGUGAUGCCCUCCUAUUGCCAACUGCAAACGUGAAUUGGAUUUUGAGGAGUCCGACGAUUUCUAUGUUCGCGGCUCUCUCACCAGCUCCACGAAGUGACCCUGAAACCGUCACCCUCAUGUGGAAUAACAUGACCACAGCGUUGCUUGAGCUCGACGACCCUUCGACGUUCAACGCCAUGACUCCGAGCUUGUUGGAAAAUCUUGGGCGAUAUCUGACAGCCGCGUUCGCCUUCACAUCGAUCCGAGCUCUCGUACUGCAGGCCUCUGGCCCUCAUUUCUGCACUGGAGGUCGGUACAACAAAAAUGCAUCGUCGCUUCCGCCCUGGUGGAUCAAAGCGCAGGGCGGAUCGUCAAUCGGCGGCGGGUUACUGUUAGCGCUAGCUACCGAUUAUCGUGUCGCCACCCGCUCCGCAAUUUUCCGGUUGGGUGUGGCGCCAUACGGCCUCAGUCCAGUAGUGAUGGCAACAACUGUAUUGCCAGAAAUCGUUGGGUACAUAAAAGAUGAGACCACUUUCUCCAGGGCAAGCACCUUACCGACGAAGGGUUUCGGUCGUUUGAUGGGAACUACUGUUUCCAGCAACGUUCCGCUCAUGGAUGCGGGUUUCGAUUCACUUGCUGCAUCAGAACUGGUCGAACAGCUAAGCAGCGAGUUUAAUGUAGAUCUGCCUACAACGCUGUUGUUUGAUCACCCAAGCAUUGGUAUCGAUUCGCUUGCAGCCUCGGAGCUCGUGCAGCAACUCAGUGUCUCAGGAGUUGACAGCUCACCACUUGUCCUGCGAGAGACAAGCUCCAAUGGGCUCACUGUGGUCCUCACGCUGAAUAGGCCCCGAGUCUUUAACGGUGCUUUUGGCAUGGAAAUGGCCUUGGCAGAAUUGAUGAAUGCUGUGGCAGAGGAGCCAAAAAACCACGCAUGCGUCGUCACUGGCCGAGGCCGCGUCUACCAAGUCGCAGAGCACCGGAAUAACCGAGAACAUGCUUCGACACGAGACUACCUCGCCCACUACUUCAACGCAUUCAUUAACUUCUCAAAGCCGGUCGUCGCAGCGCUAAAUGGAAGCGCCUACGGUGGGGCAGCUACGAGCACCAGCCACUGCGAUCACGCCAUCGCAAUUGAAGAGGCUGAGCUCUCGUUUCCAUUCAAAAGGUGGGGCGUAGUUGCUGAAGGGAAUUCCACGGUUUACGAAUGGAUGCGAGGAAGAUUCCCUUGGCUUGUCGUUUAUCAGCGAGCCGUUCCUCGCAUCGCAAGUAGACUUUUUUGGCGCGUGAAUGGGAGCGGACUUGCGACACUGGAAGGUGGCCUUCUCAAACAUGAAUCUUUUGCUUAUGCCAUCUGUCGUGGCUCAAACUUGGGUGGAUCAGUCCCGUUGAGCUGGCUGCGUGAGUCGUGUUCUAGGCUCUGCUGUGCAACAAGAUGGUCCGAGCGCGAGCUUGACCGCACCCAACGGAUCAUCGCAAAGCGGGCACUCGAGGCGCACGGCACAGGAACAGCGCUGGGAGACCCGAUCGAAGUAGUCUCUUCAACAGAUGUGAAAUGCGUGCUUGGAUCCUUCGUCUUAGGUCGGGGCGGCUACGGGAGCUUUGUGCGUGAACUUGCAGUCGGUGAUUGCCACGAACGCGCAGCUCAGACUGUCUGGUCUGGUAUCGUCCUGAAAGGAAGGCAAGUCUGCCUCGACUGCGGCGUUCCUCAAAGCUCUCAGCAACAUGUUGCUCCAUCACCACCGCGGACUCAGGAUCUUCAUUCCAGCAUUCUUAAGGCACUUCGAGAUGUGUUCGGAGAGGAAGCAGAACUCGAUUCCCAGUUCUCGCAACUUGAAGAACACCCACUAGAUGACAUGCAUUCAUUUACUUCUAUGGGGCUCAAAUCAAAUAUGGCCUCUAGCACCGAUAUGGAAGAGGUCCGUAAUAGUCUUGUGGAGCUACUGGAAGAUACUCUCAGGUCAAAAUCAAAUGGCUUGAGUCUUCUGCAGGGACUAAGUACAGGGCGGCAAUUGGUGUCUGCUCUCGAGGAAUCCUCGCAGCAUGAUUUCGAUGACUUUGUCGAGAUGCCACCUACAAUCAUCUUUGAAGGUUUGGGUGGUGAUCCAGGUGAUGCUUUGAGGUCAUUGUUGUCUUUCGAUUAUGGCCAAGUUCCCGGUGCUUUGACGGGUCAUAGCGCCGGAUUCUUGAGUGCUGCCGUGGUCGCAACUGGCAUCGACAGUAUCGAUGAAUUAAUGGAAAAAAGCGCACUUGGGCUCGCUAUCUCAUUGAGUAGUUCAGUUGCUCUUGCACGAGCAUUCCCCGAUCUGCGGGCUUGCUAUGCUUUUAUUUGCCAAUGUGACAUCCAGUCCAUCACCGCGAACUUCUAUCUCCGUUUCUUUCUGAAGCUGAAAGAAAUCCUGAAAAUUAAUGAUUGCAAAACUCCCUCUUCCAAGGCAUUGCUUUCCGUUGAUCUUGCAUCUAAGGGUUGUGUCAUUUUCCUCGGAGACUCUUCAAUAUGUGACUGGUAUCAAUGGAAAAAUGCAACACAAUUCACUUCAUUAAAAACGCACAUGAAUUGUCAAGGCAAUUUAGCACCCCUGGAAGUAUCUGUCGAUUCCGAUCUGAACAGACGCAUGCAUAGUGCCUCUCACCCUCCAGAGUCAGAUUUGGUCAAGAUAAGGAGCUUGUGUUGCAAAGUUGGCAUGCAAUUGCCUUCUGAUGAAUCUAACUUUUUUAUGCAUGGUCUGACUUCGGUUGGGGUCUUUCAGCUUAUCUCUCUUGUACGCCACGAAUUUGAUGCAUCGUUUACACCCGAACAUCUCAAGGCACAUCCAACUAUCAUGCAACUUGCUGGCUGGUACACCGUUUUAAAAAAUGCUCUUGAUGCUGCUUCUUUACUUCAGAUUGGAGUGUGGCGCAUUACAAGGCUCGAGCGUGUAUUGUUUUUUUUCUUUCAUCACGUCACAUAUGUACACAAGUACUUGGUCUACACACUUCAGUACAGUUCAAAUCGGAUUUCGACCGUGCCUGUUUACUUCCCACGUACUAGCUUCUAUCCACUUAGCAUCCCAAAUAUGAUCAUGAGCACAAUAUCCCCUCCAGUUCCGCCCAUCAUUGUGAAUGAAACCCUACCGGCCCUUGUUGCUAGCCUCGAGAGAGUUGCACAAAAGUUUCCUAUCAUUGCAGCUAGGUUCUUCUUGAAAUCUGGGUUUCUGUUGCUCAGAAUUUGA